AUGCCCCUCUGCACCCACUGUGCAUGCCCCGUAGACACCCUCUACACCGUGUACAACUCACAACAGAACAUCCGCCUCGCAGUCUGCCCCAGAUGCAACCAGUUUGCAGAUCCCCUUAUAGAGCAUCCCUCCCUCCUACUCUUCCUCGAUCUUGUCCUCCUCAAACCCCGCGUAUUCCUCCAUCUCCUGUUCAAUAGAGGUUCAGUGCCGUUUCUGUCUGCCGCUCCCAACCCACCGGAGGAGGAACGCGAGGCUAUACGACGUGGCUGGCUUGUUGACGAUCUUUCGUUGCUAUUAUUACUCAGCAUCACCGCAGAAGUACUCGUGAGGCUUCUCGGGCUUGAAGAUCUGGAUGCCGAGAAAGUUGGAGAGACAGUCGGCUUGGUGCUACGAGAAGGCGUCGCUCAGCACCUUGCUACGCUAGGCCUUGCACUGGCGGCGCUCAAAGUGCGAAGCUGGGACUCUGUGCCCUUGAAGCAGCUGAGGGCACAACCUCUGGAAAUACAAGAUGGUAGACAGCGAUACUUCUCGCCUAUACUGAUUCCGAUCACUCUCCUCUACACCGCGCUCCUUCCGCUUCUCUUCCAGCUAUUCCUCUAUCCCUGGACCAACCCUGUCACGACUCAUGUGCCACCAACAUCCCUCCUGUCAACUCUUCCCAUCCUGGGAUCGUGGGCACCCUCGCCCGCCAUCACCGCCUUUGACAAACAUCUGAGCUUGCAGUGGGCGCAGACAGACAAGAUCUGGGCUGGUACGAGACUUUUGGGUGGUAUGAGUGCGGGGUUUGGGCUGAGGGUGCUUCUUCCAACGAAACCGUGGGAGACCACGGGGAUCGUUCUCGCGGGUUGGGUCGCUGCAGGCCUGGUUGGGGCGUUUGGGAAGGAACUCCUUCAGGGGUGA